AUGCUGCAUGCGCGUGAGAAGAAGCUGCCGGAAGGAAAUGCGUACCUCUCUUGCCAUUACGUCAUAGCCCUGCAGACCGUGGAAUCUUCUUUUCUUCGUGCGGUUGCUCCUCGCCGUUCUUGUCGCACCCGCGGCGCCGCGCCUCACUCCGUCUCGCUCGAACGUACGUACGCACGUACGCGAGGUAGACGAGAGCGAGGAUGCACAACACCCUCCGUUAUAUGUAUCUCGCAAUUAAAGCACGGCCGCCCCCGGCCGGCCGCCCCUGUGCUGCCGUACCACCAGGACAGGCUAGACAGUGGAAGAGAGAGGGCGAUUGAACGGCGAGGAGCGACGAGGAGGGGUUACGGCGACGUACGUACGUCCGUCGAUGUGGACGUACCUGGCCUGACGACCGUGCCGUGCUGUGCGUACGUGCGAUUAACAGGCGUGUAUUUAAGAUUUCACUGGCGCAUACGACAGAGGCCCUCGCGAAUUGUAACACUGGCUUCCUCCCAGCAAUUACUGCGGCGACUCCUAGUUUUAGAUCGAUUCUCCUACGGUACGUACCGCCGUACGCCGCGAGGGGUCGGAAGGGCCGCUCUGCACGUACCACCCUGCACCCUCUCCUAUCAUCCACCCUCCCAUCUCGCCACCUCCCCAUCGCCGCCUGAAAUCCUAGGAAACCUCGCCCCGAGAACGCCACGACAGCCGACCCUGCAACUACCAUACGUAAUACGUCAAACGAAUAUGGCAGGGAAGAAUUUACAUGACAAAAAAUGCGAUUUCAAUCAAAAUUUGAUCGAACCGUCUCGUCCGUUCGAACAGUGCAACAUGAUAAAUAAAUUGGAAAAAGAUAACAAUAUUGAAAUCAUGGAAUGUAAUCCAAUGGAUUUACUGGCCGUCGAUGACAAUCUGGAGUCAAUAAUGUGCAAAUAUUCGGAACAAAUCGAACCUGAAAAAGACGCUACAAACAAAUAUGGAUCAAUAGCAACAACUUACGAAGAUAUAAUGUCCUUCCUGGGAACGUUAGAAAAUGAAGAUAUGUUAGAAAAUGAUAUCCCUGCCAAUAAUGCAACAAUUAUAAUCUCGUCUUGCCAAAAUUCUAGUAGACAUGGUGUGCAGAAUUUUGGCUCGAUUCAACGGGAUGAUUUAGAAACUGCGAAAUUACAAAUUGAGGAAAGAAAUGCGACAAUAGAGUGUUUGAAAGAGCAUCUAAAAUCCGAACGCAAGGCAGCAUGUGACAAAAUGGCAUCGCAGAAACGUCAUCACAUUAUCAAGAUGAAGGAGUUGGAAAAUAAGUACAGAACGAUUGUGAAACGCCAUCAGAAGUUUAUCGAACAGCUACUCGCUGAGAAGACAGAUCUUACGCAGAAAUGUGACUCUCUGGCGCAACAAAUUAAAGAGAUGGAACAAAAGAUCCAACGAGAUCUGAAAGUAAUUACCGAUAGACACGCUGUUGAGUUGCAACGCGCAAAAGAACACAUAGCAGCAUCCGAGAAAAUCCGGCGCGAAAAAUGGUUGGAGGUGAAAACAUCGAAAAUCAAGGAAAUGACAGUAAAAGGGCUGGAACCAGAAUUGAACAAUAUGAUGGAGCAACAUCAACAAGAGAUACAAGAAUUAAGAUGUGCUCAUAUAAAGGAGUUACAAGAUACGGAAUUGCGCGCGAUGCGUAGGUCGAAUCAACAGCUGGAGCAAUUGCGAAUCGAGUUGACGGACAGCCACGAGAAAAUGUUGGUUAAAGAGAAGAACAUAUUGGCUAUAAGGUAUAAAGAAAAUUUGGAAGAGCAAGAAGCGCACUUUCAGAUACAACAGAAAACAUUCGCAGAGCAUUUUGAAGGAGAAAAAUCGAUGCUCAUUGCAGAGCAAAAAAAACGUGAUCGGGAAACAAGCAUGAUGAUACAACGAACGGAAUUACAUUUUCAAAAAGAAGCGGAAAAAUUAAAAGAGCAACACGAAAUUGCUAAAAGGAAUUUUGAGGAAACCUUGAGAAAAGAAUGGCUCGCAUGGGCGGAUAAUUAUAAAAAAGAACAAAGCGCGAUUGUCACAAGAGCGGAGGCUGCAAUUCGUAACGAUUGUCAAAAGGAAAGAGAUAAGCAAAUAGAAAUCGUUAUAGUUAGAUUGGAAAAAGAAUCUCGUGAAAUGCGAACUAAAUUGCAGCAAAGUUUUGAUAAUAAAUUGGAGCUAAUAAAUAAAAAUUACGAAGCAAAAUUACAAGCUGCAAUUAAAAGCGAAGAUAUUUAUAAAAAUAAGUGUUUAUUAUUGGAAGAAAGACUCAAAUGUACAGAAAUUCAGUUUAAAAAAACAGAAAAUAAAUUAAAAGAAUGCAUAUCGAAUCUCAAUAAUAUGAAUAAAAUAAUCGUAAAGUUAACUGUAGAGAGAGAUGAUGCAAAGGAGACAGCAAGACAGGAAAUUGAGACAGAGAAAAAAGAAUUAAAAGAUAAAAUCGCAUCGCUUUAUCGAGAAAUAAGACAAAAUAAUGUUAACAAAGAUCAACUUAUGGCACAAUUACAUAGCAGGAUAAAAUUUGUAGUCACUCAAAAGGUUUUAAUCAUAAAGAAUCUCAAUAAAAAACUAGAUGACGUUAAUUCAAGAUGUGAACAUUUGGAAAAAUUGCUGGAUCAACAAAGGAAAGAAUAUAUUUUGAAAACUUUGUAA